AUGACUUCUCAGGCUGCUAUGAUCGCGGACACAAUCGUUGCUAUGAAAAGAGCAGUUAAGAGAAAAGCAUAUGAAUCAGAUUCCGAUGCUUCGAUCGAAAGACUUACAAAUAGAGGAAAUAAAUUACGAAAGAGAGCAAGAUACGUCCAUCAAGGGCAAUUGGCCCCGCCAACUGGUCUACAUGUGUAUAAAGAGACAAUUGAACAUGCCGGCUACAUCAGAGAUAUUAUCAGCAGGAAACCCCCGCUAAUCGACGAAGACGGCGACGAGGUUGAUAGCGACGAAGAAAAUGAAGAAAAGAUCGCAAUCGCAAAGGCAGCAGCCGCAGAAUUUGAUCCAUAUGCGAAUAUAAAACUAGAAGAACUCCUAGCACCUCUAACCGCUGCCUCCGACUUGCCUAACCAUCCAAGCCUAUCGCAGCCCUUCACAUCGAAAGUGCUUACGGAAUUAACGAGAAAUGCCGGAGAGAUGGUUCAAAAGGAAAUGGCGUCUUUGUGGAAGAUCAAACAUCUCUUAACUCGAUUUAGUGGGCAUGAUACUUGGAUACCAUGUGAAGCUGUCGAAACUGAAUAUGAUGCUUCUUUCUUCGAGACCGAAACGGAACGGCAUCGGGCUCAAGUACAGAGAAUUGCAAAGGAGCAUGCGGACAACAUGUCGAGAGUAACACUAGCUUCUGAAUCUGACAGCGUAGCUGUUUCAGGGCUGAUGAUUAUGGGUGUUGAAGUUGAUGCUGCAUCUAGGGCCGUUGCCCGUCAAGCGUUGAAGGGGAAAGGAAAGGCAUUGGAUGUUGAGAAAGAUAUGACAUCCACCUCUGUUAAUGAAGAAACCGCAGACUCCUCUGCUGCGAAUGCCACGGGCGAGAACAUAGAGAUGGCACAUGGAUCAAUACCAUCACUAGAUGAUGUUAACAUGGGUCAAGAGGAUUCCCAAGGACCCGGAGAUGCAAUGGAUAUUGAGCCAUCGGCUGAAGAUACAGAAGAUAAUCCGGUUCCUCGUCGUAUGAGGACUCGUGCCCAAGCACAAGCGGUGUUUGAUGAUGCAACUCGAUCGAGGUCUAUAACACCUGAUUUGAAUGGCGAGCCUUUUGUCCACCCUUACUUUCUCGCACCUGAGACGUCAUAUCCAGAUCGAGAUCUUUAUUUGCCUCAUACUGAGGCAGAUGAACUGAGAAGAUUAAUGGUACACUAUAUUCAGAAGCAAGAAGAGAUUAUCCGAGGCGCUCGCAAGGUGUAUGAGGGAUUAUUGAGAGCGGAUCGUUUGCGCCAUUUGGUUUUGAAAUGGACAAAAGCCGAAAGACAUGUCGGUGACAAUCGUGAUAUGUCUGAUGGUGAGGAUUGGUACGAUAAAGACGAAUGGGGAUUAGAAGAGGAUCUUAAGAAAGGACAAGACGAAGAAGAGGAAGAUGCUGCGACAACAGCCAAGAAAACUAGAACGAGACGACAAUAA